AUGAACGGAGCUCAAACAGCAUGCAAUUUUGAACUCAAUACUCGGAAAAAGUUGCCACCGCAAAUCAGACUGGACUGGGCCCGAUACAAGAGGAAGUUGCGGAAAACGAAGCUGUCCACGUUUAGCCGGUGGAUAUACAACCUGGCGGAGGAUGUGAACGUGGUCUUCGAACCGCAGUGCCGUGGAAACAAGACGCAGGAGUUCGCGAGAGGAGUUCGUAAGGAGAAGUACGUGAGCACCCACGCUGAAGUGCCGGUCACGGAUAGGUAUCAGCAAGCCCGCCAAACUCAGCAGUCAGCAGUCGUAGGGAGCGGAGAAUCGAAACCCUGCCCGGCCUGCAAGAGUGAUUGCAAGUGUCUGGCAAAAUGCAAGAGAUUCCUGGAUUUGUCGUACGAGGCGAAAUGGGCCACUGUUCGCGGCUUCAAUUUCUGUCGCAAGUGUCUUCGGCAACAUAAAGGUGGCUGCAAUUCCGGAGAAUGUGGAAAGAACGGUUGCACGUUCAAGCACCACGUAUUACUCCACAGAGACUUAGCCGUACCCGGCGCAUCGAGCAGUGUUACAUCCAACAGAUGUGGGUCUUCAAAGCAGAACGAAGAACGCAAUGUCAAUACGCACCAAUCAUCAACAGGUCCAGGAUCGUUCCGGUACCUGCCGGUAACUCUGUAUGGCGACGGAGUGCACGUGAGAUGUUACGCCUUUUUAGACGAUGGGUCAGAGUUGACACUCAUCGAUCAGCAGCUUGCGGAGGAUCUUAAGCUUUCUGGAACAGUUCUGCCCCUCUGCCUGAAAUGGACGGGAGGUACCCAUCGCUACGAAUCCGACUCACAGAGUAUCAACGUCGAAAUAUGCGGAAAGGAUGGAAAGCGGACGUUAUUGCAGGACGUGAGGACUGUCGAAGAGCUGCAACUGCCGUACCAGUCACUAGAUAUGGACCAACUCUCGGAGCGGCACGGUUACCUGCGUGGUCUGCCCGUGGGCUCGUAUUGUAACGUUCGUCCACGAAUACUGAUUGGAUUGAAGCAUGCCAACCUAAUGCUGGUGCGAAGGAGUCGUGAAGGCAAGAUGGGUGAGCCAAUCGCCGUCAAAACCAAUCUUGGCUGGACUGUAUACGGUGGCUGGGCAUCGCAGUACUCUUCGAGUACAGCCAGUCAUACGUACCACAUCUGCUCCUGCAACGAACCAGGCCUGACGCAUCUGAAUCAGAUGGUGAAAGAUUACUUCUCCAUGGAGAGUUUGGUAGUUCAACCGAGCCUCGUUGGGCGGCUUUCUACAGACGAUGAACGCGCUAUGGCUCUUCUGGAAUCUCGCACUCACUUCAACGGAGAACGUUACGAAGCAGGCCUGUUAUGGCGGUCCGACAAAAUCCGUCUGCCGGACAACAAAGCAGUUGCAGUUCGUCGUUGGAGAUGCUUGGAAAAACGCAUGGAGAAGGACACGGAGUUAGCGAGCAUCCUGCAUGAAAAGAUUGCGGAAUACAGAUCGAAAAACUACAUCCGCAAGCUAACGUCAGAGGAGCUGUCAACAAAAUACGAGCGGGUAUGGUACUUGCCUAUUUUUCCGGUGUACAAUCCGAAUAAGCCAGGCAAGGUCCGGAUUGUGUGGGACGCUGCCGCCCAAGCAUACGGGAUAUCACUGAAUUCGGUGCUCCUCACUGGCCCAGACCAGUUAGCGUCUCUUGUGGGCAUCCUGUACCAAUUCCGUGAGCAUCGAAUAGGCGUUUGUGCCGACAUCCGUGAGAUGUUCCAUCAGGUCGACAUCAAUCCUGAGGACCAGCAAUGUCAGCGUUUUCUUUGGCGUGACCGCGACGAACACGGUGAUCCAAGCAUCUACGUCAUGCAGGUAAUGACAUUCGGGGCGAGCUGUUCUCCUGCCACAGCCCAGUUUGUGAAGAACAAGAACGCCGAAAGAUUCGAAGAAGAAUAUCCAACAGCGGUAGCGGUCAUCAAAAAACGACACUACGUGGAUGACAUGGUUUUCAGCGUUGAAACGGAGCAAGAAGCAGUUGAACUGGCGGAGUCGGUGCGUUUCAUCCACAUGGAGGGUGGAUUUGAAAUCCGCAAUUGGGUUUCCAAUUCUCCGUUGGUGCUUUCCACUAUGAAUGGAGAAGAGUCAACGGAAAAGGACCUGAACAUAUCUGCGGAGAUGGCGAGUCAAAAAAUCCUCGGAAUGUGGUGGGAUACGAAGGACGACGUGUUCAAAUAUAAAAUAUGCUGGACCAGAUUUGAUUCGGCGCUGCUUGAUGGAAGUCGUUGCCCUACUAAACGGGAGAUCCUUCGGACGCUGAUGACCAUAUACGACCCUCUAGGUCUCAUCGAUCACUUCCUGGUCUUGUUGAAAAUCUUGCUACAGGAGGUUUGGCGUGCUAACGUUGACUGGGACGAACGAAUCCCCGACAACCUGUUCGAGAAGUGGCGUGACUGGCUGCAAUUGCUACCCGAGGUAGAGAAUUUACGGAUUCCUAGGUGUUACCGGCAAGUUGUUUCAUCUUUGGGCGCAGCUUCCGUGGAAGUUCACGUAUUCGUUGACGCAAGCGAAAGUGCAAUGGCAGCGGCAGUGUUCUUGCGACUCGUAGAAGGGAAUCAAGUGGAAUGUUCGCUGAUUGCUGCAAAGACUCGCGUAGCACCCUUGAAGUACACCUCCAUUCCACGAUUAGAACUGCAGGCUGCAGUCUUCGGGUGUAGAUUGGCGAAGAACGUUAUAGGAAAUCUGACGGUGAAUAUCUCCAAGUGUACCUACUGGACUGACUCCCGAAACGUUCUGUGCUGGUUAAGAGCUGAUCAUAAACGUUACAGUGCUUUCGUCGGGUCAAGGGUAAGCGAAAUACAGGAAUCGACAGACGUCCGUGAGUGGAGAUGGGUUCCGACUCGUUCUAACGUUGCUGAUGAUGGGACUAGAUGGCGAGAUCGGAUCGACUUGUCUGCGAGUAGUAGGUGGUUCAAAGCACCAGAAUUCUUGAUGCAAGCGGAAGAAGACUGGCCAACACUUCCGCAAAAGUUGCUUUCCACUGAGGAAGAAAUGCGACCCAGCUUAUUGCUCCACUUCAAAGUUCCCGAACCUGCGAUAGAUGUGGGAAGAUUUUCGAGUUGGCGGCGAUUGCUAGCGGUGACUGGAUACGUCCUUCGAUUCUGCUUGAACCUUCAACGUCGUCGUAGUCAGCAUCCACUCAGAACUGGACCGUUAUCUAGCGAAGAGCUUCGAGGAGCGGAAGAAUACCAUUAUCGGCAAGCGCAACGAGAUGUGUACCAGGACGAAGUCGCAGCGUUGGAGACAAAAGAAUCAACUACCAAGCGUAUUCCAAAAGCGAGCUCACUUUACAAGUUGAGCCCGUUCGUUGACGAAUCCGGCGUAAUGAGGAUGAAGGGAAGAACCACUGUGUGUGCGUAUUUGCACAGUGACGCCAAGAAUCCUGUUAUUCUACCUCCAAAGCAUCCAGUAACAUCAUUAAUAUUAGUCCAUUACCACGAAAAGUUUUUGCACCGCAACUACGAGAUAGUAGUGAACGAAGUCCGCCAGAAGUACAGCAUCUUUCGCCUGAGACAAGCGCUUGCUGCGAUCCGUAGAAACUGCCAAUGGUGUAAAAACCGGGACGUUCUUCCUCAACCGCCAGAAAUGGCAGAUCUUCCUGCGGCCCGGCUGUCUGCGUACACGAGGCCAUUCGCACACGUUGGGGUGGAUUAUUUUGGUCCAAUUGAGGUGACGGUAGGUCGAAGGGUCGAGAAAAGAUGGGGGGUUCUACUGACUUGUUUAACGGUAAGGGCCGUUCAUAUUGAGGUAGCGCACUCUUUGACAACAAAUUCCUGCAUAAUGGCAUUGAGGAAUUUCACCGCACGUAGAGGUACACCGGUUAGCUUCUACAGCGACAGGGGUACCAAUUUUGCGGGCGCCAACCGGGAGCUUCAGGAAACCAUGGAAGCGGUCAACCAGAGCCAGCUGAUGCGUGAGUUUAUCACCUCAUCUACUGCUUGGCAGUUCAACCCACCGGCCGCACCCCACAUGGGCGGCAGUUGGGAGAGGCUUAUCCAAUCGGUCAAGCGAAACCUGGUGGAAGUUCUACAUGCGCGGCGACCAACCGAUGAAGAGCUGCGCAAUGCGUUGACGGAAAUAGAAGGCGUGCUAAACGCACGUCCUUUGACUCACGUGCCAAUUGAUGACGAAGCGGCUCCAGCGUUAACCCCCAACCACUUCCUGUUGGGUUCAUCCGACGGUUCCAAACCUUUGUCUCUGGUUGAUGCGGAUACUGCUGCACUACGGCGAGGUCACCCAACCUCCCAAUGGUUGGCAAAUCUAUUUUGGAAGCGUUGGGUCAGGGAUUACCUGCCCGACAUAACACGGCGAACAAAAUGGCACGAGAAGGCGAAACCUCUUCAGGUAGGUGACAUAGUAGUUAUCGUGGACCAGGAGCACCCCAGAAACUGUUGGCCCAAGGGACGAGUCAUCGGAGUGACCAGCAGAGGAGGACAAACUCGUAAGGCCACCGUACAAACCGUUGGUGGGAUCUACGAGCGACCAACAGUGAAACUCGCGGUGUUGGAUGUUCGGCGCGAGACUGAAAAUGUCGGUCGUAUCUGGAUCUCUUCGAUGAUCGUCGCCAGUGGUGAUAAUUUCAUGGCCGAAUAG